UUUACACCGAGGCAAAGAGGUCCGCACAGGCGCUGCUGGGAUUUGCUUUCCUUUCCCCGGCGACCGAACUAUUCUCUCAUUUAGUUUCUAAUACAAAACUUGUAAAACAUUGUAUUGUUCUUCUCUGCGGGGGGGAGUUGAGGAGGGAAUGAGUAACGGGGGAAACCUACUGUGACUUUUUUCGGAGGAGAAAGUGGCCCCCGGUGCCAACAGGGCAGAUCGUUUUCUGCCGCUGUCCGUCCGUCCGCGGAGAAGCGGACCGUCACUGGGGAGAAGCUAGCUCACCUCGUCCUGUAUGCUGCCGCGGGAAUAACACCACCGCGCCGAGAUGGACCUGAAGCUGCUCUUGAUCGCCACAUUGCUCGGAGUCUUCUGUAGCGGUAAUGCUCAGAAAGAGGGGAACGAGUGCAUCAAUGCCAACGCCAAGUACUGCGGGGAGUGCAUCCAGGCUGGAGCCAAAUGUGGCUGGUGUAAAGACCCGGACUUCCUGAAGCAGGGCGAGACCGCGUCGACCCGCUGUGACGAGCUGCAGUCCCUGAUACAUCGGGGGUGCGACAAUGCGAUGAUCGAGAACCCGCACGGGGAGCAGCAGACCCUGAAGAACAAAAUGGUGACGCAUCGCAGAAAGGGAGCGGAGAAAAUGAAGCCCGAGGACAUCACUCAGAUCCAGCCCCAAAAACUCAGCCUCACCCUCCGAUCCGGUGAGCCCCAGUCUUUCAACCUGAAGUUCAAACGAGCAGAAGAUUAUCCCAUCGACAUGUACUACUUGAUGGAUCUGUCCUACUCCAUGAAGGACGAUCUGGAAAACGUCAAGAACCUGGGAACCAGUUUAAUGCUAGAGAUGUCAAAGAUCACUUCUGACUUCAGGAUAGGUUUCGGUUCCUUUGUGGAAAAGACAGUGAUGCCGUACAUCAGCACCACCCCUGCCAAGCUGCUGAACCCAUGCACGGGCGACCAGAACUGCACCAGCCCGUUCAGCUACAAGAACGUCCUGAAGCUGACCAGCGACGGCAACAAGUUCAACACCCUGGUCAGCCAGCAGCACAUCUCUGGAAACCUGGACUCUCCUGAGGGGGGGUUCGAUGCCAUCAUGCAAGUGGCUGUGUGUGGGGAUCACAUUGGUUGGAGGAAUGUGACUCGUCUGCUGGUGUUCUCCACUGAUGCUGGCUUCCACUUUGCUGGCGAUGGCAAGCUGGGUGGCAUUGUUCUGCCCAAUGAUGGGAAAUGCCACUUGGAGAACAAUGCGUACACCAUGAGCCACUACUAUGACUAUCCCUCCAUCGCCCACCUGGUUCAGAAGCUGAGCGACAACAACAUUCAGACCAUUUUUGCAGUGACAGAGGAGUUCCAGCCCGUUUACCAAGAGCUGAAAAAUCUGAUCCCAAAGUCUGCAGUGGGCACUCUGUCUGCCAACUCAAGCAACGUAAUCAACCUUAUUAUAGAUGCUUACAAUUCUCUCUCGUCCGAGGUUAUUCUGGAGAACAGCAAGCUUCCAGAGGGAGUGACCAUAGAUUACAAGACCCGCUGUAAGAACGGAGUGGAGAGCGAGGGCGAAAGCGGAAGGAGGUGCUCCAGCAUCUCCAUCGGAGAUGAGGUCUUGUUCAGCAUCAGUGUGACGUCCAAGGGCUGUCCGAAACAAGGCAAGCCGGAGAUCGUCAAGAUAAAGCCCCUGGGAUUUACGGAGGAGGUGGAGGUUAUCCUCAACUUCAUCUGCGAGUGUGACUGCAACCAGGACGGCAUCAAGAACAGUCCUCUCUGCCACUUCGGUAAUGGGACGUAUGAGUGCGGAGCCUGCAAGUGUAAUGAGGGCCGCGUGGGCAGACAGUGUGAAUGCAGCAGCAACGAUGUGGCCACGGAGGACAUGGACAGGACCUGUCGCAAGGACAACGGCACCGACAUCUGCAGCAACAACGGAGAGUGCGUGUGCGGCACAUGCGAGUGCAAGAAGAGAGACAAGCCCGAAGAGCGGUACAGCGGCCUGUACUGCGAGUGUGACAACUUCAACUGUGACCGCUCUGGGAACAAACUGUGCGGAGGGCACGGCCUCUGUGACUGCAGAGUGUGUGCCUGUGACCCCUUGUGGACCGGAAGUGCCUGUGAUUGUUCUCUGGACAACAGCACGUGCAUGGCGAGCAACAAGCAGAUCUGUAACGGCAGAGGGACGUGCGAAUGUGGCACCUGCAAGUGCACUAACCUCAAAUUCCAGGGUCCCACCUGUGAGAUUUGUCCUACAUGUCCAGGAGUCUGCACUGAACACAAAGAGUGCGUCGAGUGCCGGGCGUUCGGCACCGGUGAGAAGAAGGAAACAUGCGAGAGAGACUGCAGCUACUUCAACCUCAUCAAAGUGAAGGAAAGGGACAAGCUGCCCCAGCCCAACGACGCCACCUAUCCUGUGAUGCACUGCAAGGAGAGGGACGCCAACGACUGCUGGUUCUACUACACCUACGCCGUCAACAACAACACGGAGAAGGAGGUCCACGUGGUCGAAACGCUGGACUGCCCCGCCGGCCCUGACAUCAUCCCCAUCGUGGCGGGCGUGGUCGCCGGCAUCGUCCUGAUUGGCUUAGCCCUGCUGCUCAUCUGGAAGCUGCUGAUGGUCAUCCACGACAGGCGAGAGUUCGCCAAGUUUGAGAAGGAGAAGAUGAAUGCCAAAUGGGACACGGGGGAAAAUCCCAUCUACAAAAGUGCUGUCACGACCGUGGUCAAUCCCAAAUAUGAAGGAAAAUGAUGGCGUCAUAGUUUAUGAUGAACUCUGCGAUCAAGAAUCGGACGACUGCAGUAUUACCGCAAGUUUGGAGUCUGGGGGGGUUGAGGGGCGGCCUGGGUGGCUGUGGUAGAAUUGAUUUUCUUCUCGUUGCUUUGUCAUUAUAACGCACCAUGCUGCCACUGCAUCUGUAUUUUUACUAACACUAUUGAUUUGUAUGCAUUUGUUGUAUUUUAGAUGUACAGUAUACAGUAUGUGUAUAUACUUUUAAGUUGCAUAUUUGCAACAAAAAAUAUGACAUGAAGGUGUUUUCUUUCCUGCCACAGGACUGGUAUGGGCAGAGGAUUUUGUUUUGUUUUGUUUUGAACAACACAAUGUGGACACGAUGGACAUACAAUAUAUGUGCAAGAAUUCCUCGGCUUCUGUCUCCUUCUCAGACGCUUCUCUGUCUUCUCGUCCCUCUCUGUGCACUGACUUCCUGUGUUCCAGAGACUUCCUGGGUUCCAGACAUAGGAUUUAGGUUUCAUGUAUAUUGUCAGCCAUAGUAGCACAUAAUGCCUGUGUGUGUGUGUGUGUGUGUGUGUGUGUGUGUGUGUGUGUGUGUGUGUGUGUGUGUGUAUCUAUCUAUACAUAUAUAUAUAUAUAUAAAUAUACAUAUACAUAUAUAUAUAUAUAUAUAUAUAUAUAUAUAUAAAACAACUGCAAAAGGAAGUUUUGGAUUCUAAUUUACAUUGGAUGUUUAUGUUGAAUCACAGAAUAUUGUGCUCAGAAACACAUUUUAUUGCACUCUUAUUGCUAUUCUAAAGGAGUAAAUACAGAAGAUUGAGAUUAAUAUCAACUGUCAUCAUUCGAGUUGUUGAUAUACUAUCACAAAGGGACUGUAUACCACUUGUUAUAAUUCUGAAAUCAUGGUGAUGUUGAACAAUCAAAAAGCAUUUGUAUAUUUAUGAUACAAGUUGCAAAUGACAAAUGAAGUAUUAAAGUAUUGAAGUACUUGAAGUUAACUGCAGUAACCUUCUCAGGUCCUGUCCUGUGUUGUCGCCGAGUAUGCCAACAGAUUUGUGUUAUGUUAGCUUAUUCCGUGAACUGGUAAACUUGUUAGUGGAAUUUCUUUUAAGAUUGUAAGACCGAAACAGGAUUAUUUGGUGACUCGCCACAUGAAUCGCCUCUGAAAUGCUUUCAAACCCCCAAAUGCCUCUGAAGUACCACACAUGCAAGCCUUUACAGUAUUGUUUUCAAAGUGCCUUUUAUUUCAAUAUCUUGUUCUCUCCCAAUACGGUUUGAGUUAUUUAUUAAAUAAAAUACAAAAACCUG